CACGCAGUUGCGUAAUUUGACAAGCCAGCGCAAAACAGGGAGAAUGGAGAUUUGACAGCCGCCGCCGCCGCCGCGUCGCUUUUCCCGUGCAGAUUGUUUUGUUUCGAAACAAAAACAAAACAAAACAACAACAUAAAAGAAGAAAACAUAUGCUUAAUUUAUGCCUUAAAGAUCUCGGAUAGUUAGACAGUACAUCUGCCUCUAUAUGGCCGCUGCUGUGAGGAAUAACGUCUGGGUUGCUCCGGGGCAGCAGGACGCGCAGUUUCUCCACAAAACCACCGCGCCACUGACAGCGGACGGUCUGAGAGGUGGAGAUCAUGGACAAGUGCUGUGUAACACGAGGGAUGCCGUCCCGGGAACUUCAUGCUUUCAUGAGUACAAUGUGGGUAAGUCAGAGAUGGACAGCUACCUGUCUCCACAGCCACAGGAAGUUGUAAAUUCCAAAAUGUCGUGCAGGGAUGGCGCUCUGAUGCCAGAACCACCUUUCCCCGAGGACUUUGCCUCACCCUACAGUGUCAACAUGAGCCUGCUCCUUCCUGACAUCACAUACCUGCACCCUGGUCUCUGCAGGACUAUGAGACAGAUCAAAUCAGAGCCGUCACACUCCCUGAUGCACCCCACCUGUCAGAGCAACGGGGCGCCACCGACACUCCCAGGUGUUCUGGGCACAGUCGACACAGCGAGCAGUCAUUUUUUCAUCAAACAGGAAGUGCCUGACUUCCAGGAUGUUCCCCUGUUUCAGCUGCUGAACUCUGAUUUGGAGCAGCUCGUUCAUGGAUCGCAGCUGAACUCCCUCAACAUGGCACCGCUAAGUCUUCCAAAUGGGAACGUCCAUGUAAACCCAGUGCAGAAUCCUACCAAGCCUGCAGGCAGUCCUCAGAGUCAAUGUUUUCAAUUCAAUCAACACUUAGGCCAUCAGCAGAGACCGACCUAUCUGCCACCUUCUCCUCCAAACUCUGAGCCCCCGAGUCCAGACAGGAGGAAGGGGCUCCUUCACAAUCUGUCCCCACCUCCCUCCUAUGAAGCCAGUAUUGCCUCUAAAUUAACUUUCCACACCCAUAAUCCCAUUGAUCCAGGGCAGACUUCCAGUGCCGCUCCAAUCCAAGGUGCAGACCAAAGCUCCUGUGCCAGAGUAAUCCAAAGUCCAUGUGUUGGACCGGUCCAGCGUUCAAGUCUGUCCUCAGUUCAGACGACAACAGGUGUUGGCCCGCUGUCCCCAGUGUUGGCCCAGUCGGCUCCAGCUAAGUACAACAGAAGGAAUAAUCCUGAUCUGGAGAGACGGCGGAUUCACCACUGUGAUGUUGCAGGAUGCAAGAAAGUUUACACCAAGUCUUCUCAUUUGAAAGCCCACCUACGGACCCACACAGGAGAGAAGCCGUACCAGUGCUCGUGGGAGGGAUGUGAGUGGCGCUUUGCUCGCUCUGAUGAGCUGACUCGCCAUAUGAGGAAACACACAGGGGCAAAGCCCUUCCAGUGCGGAGUGUGUAGCCGCUGUUUCUCCCGCUCUGACCACCUGGCCCUGCACAUGAAAAGACACCAGCGCUAGAGAAAUCCUCAAAGAACUCUCAUUUCCAUACCAGCAAAAAGCUGAUAAAUCGUAAAAAAAAAAAAAACCUGUGGAUGAUUCCACUUCUAAGCAGUGCUGGCCCACAACUAAUUGUUUAUUUCAUUGUAAAAAGACUCAAUAUUACUGUUGCCUUAUUUUAUUUCCAUGUGUGUAUCCCAGUACUUUGGGGAUAUUUAAUAAGUUAGUCAAAAACUAAUAAUAAUAAUAACAAUAAUAUAUAAUCUGUUACUCUCAUAAGACUUUGUUUUACUGCCAACACUUUUUCAGGAAAUAUAAAAUCAUGAUUUUCAAGCGUUUCAGUGUACAGAUUAUAUUGACAACAUGUUAUAUGGGCAUUUAAUGAAUGAAUAGCAAACUGCCAUGUAAUGUAAGUGCUAAGAGAGAUCAGUUAAUGAAGUGGGAGGUCAAAGGAUGUGUUGUUUAGUCCAGAGGCUUAACAUGAUUGACAGAAUUCAACAAGCAGUGGAUUAUUCGCCCACUAAUAGACGUGAGUUUGUGGUUUAUUUGGUCAUCUUGAGACAGGUUAGUUUUCCCUCACUGAUGCUGUGUUGUUGCAAUAGUGAUCAUGUUAAUGUAUCAGUUCGACGUGGAUCUCAUCAAUGCCCUCGUAAUAUUGGGAUGUUUACUGGUGAGUGCGGUCCUUCCAGCAUAAUCACUGCCAUAAUAUAGUUGUUCACCCCAAACAAAACUAGGUCAAGAUAAAAGUUGAUUUAUCUGAAGUGAAAGAGGUUUUUCACACGUUCAUUCUGUACUUACAACCCAACACACACGAGGACACUGUUUUUCAGCAGAGACGAAUGUUUUUUCACGACCAGAGAAAUAGUUAGCGAUAUGUCAUUUUACAUUCAACUGUAUGUGACACAUUGCUCAGACAUAGUUUACAACAGAUUUGAGUAUGUGACAUUUAAGCAGUGAGUCGGAGUUAUUUAUUUCUCAGCCUGGACGUUGCCAUUCAGAUGCUUUGUUCUGGUCGUAACAGGAUUACUACAUCGAAUCACUGACGGUUUGUCGUCCUUGAAGUGGUUUCAAACUGGUUUCUUUGAGUGUUAAGAUGUUUUUUUUUUAGACCUUGACUGAGCACCUGCCAGUCUGAACAUAUGUGAAAGCUUUUGGUUUCUUUGACUCUGAUCAGUGAAUUCAAACACCUUUGAAAGUGCCUUUAACUGAUUUUUUUUUUUCUCCUAUUUUUGGAAGAAUGAAAAACAAAUGAUGCUCUAUGUUGGCUUUCCCUUUUUAUUUCCACAACACAUCAAUUUCUAUUUAUGACCAAAUUAAUGUAUAAUUAACCAAAUUGAUUUUGGAAGUUUCUAUAAUUUGUUAAGAUGUAUAUUUCGUGUCUGAUCAUCGAGGAUACAAUCCAUUGGUUGUUGUAUAGCUGUUUUUUAUUAUUAUUAUUUUUUAACGAAGCCUAAGAAGGAUCGAUUUAUAAAAUAUUCUCACAGUCUAUGCUGUCAAAACUCUCUCCAGCCAAGGUAUAGCAGCUCAGAGGAGUAUGAGCCAGUGAAAUAUUGCAAUACUUCUUCUUCUAUAUAUAUACACACACACACAUAUUUUGACACAUGUAAAGUUUUACAAUACUUUACUUCAAAACAUGCUUAAAAAAAGCUGUAACCUAAAUUGGUACACUGCUAUGAAGCCAUGUGACUCUCAUGAUGCAAAUAAAGGUUUUGCGUUGAAAA